AGAUGCUAAACUAAGGAAAUGAACUUUGAACUUUUAAUUUUCUAAAUAAAGAGCAGCACCAUUGACCAUUCAUCUUUUCCUCAUAAUUCUAUAGACUGAUUAGAGUGAUUUCCUCAUAGUACUAGGUCAAUGGCAGGAAAUAUUCUACCUACAGUUCAAGCAAACCAACUAGGCCUGGAACCACGUGAAGAGCCAAACAUCAUUUUAUAUGGCCCUCCAGAUGACUGGGGACAUCAAAAAGAGAAAGGCUUUACUGAAAUUGACAUCCUAUCAAGUCUACUGACCGGCCCUCAAGCAAAAGAGAUUGUUCUUUUCAAGGAGGAAAACUUCACAUUCGAUAUAGCACUAGCCACAGCAAGAAACAACUCAUGGGAAGGGAUACAUCAUGGAGGGUUUCAUAAAUUUGAAGAAAAGAAGCUAAAAUCAAUUGAUUUAUGCAGUAAAAUAGGCAAACAGCAGCGUAUGAGUGAGAUUGAAAUCAUGAGUAGAAUGGCAGAUAUGCUUAAGACCCCUGCACCUCCUUCUGAGGCUAAAAAAGCCGGUCAAGUUGUCUGGUACCAAUAUCCGUACAGGGAAAAAGAAGGACCAUCACCAAAAGAAGCGAUGAAUAACGUAAAGGAUUGGCAAGAAAGAGGCGACUACUUACUACUUGGAAUAGUGUCCACAAGUACAAUGUUAAGCUUCAAAAUCAGAAUUGAUCAACACUUCACUGACUACAUCAACCAGGAGUACCCUAAUUAUUCAUUUCUUGGAGUUGACAAGAAAUUUGUUGAUAAGCUUGUCUCCUAUGGAUACUGUAACGUUGAGUGCAAAAGUUCUGAUGAUCAAGAACAAAGCAAGUUUGAUAAGCAUCUGACAUUGGUAUUUCAAAAGAAAUAGCUUUAGAGCUAACGUUACGUUUUGUACAUGUACAUGUAGUCCUAGUAAUUAUU